GCCCGCAGUAACUUCACAAGGCAGAAAUUGUUACCUGGGAAAUAAAAGGCACCGUGGCGGCGGGAGCUCGGGAGUGGGCACAUGGGGGUGCGGGUGUGCAGGUGCCAAGCGCCAUGGGUUAGGCCCGAGAUCGGAGUCCGGCCGCCCCCCGACAGCAGCCGCCUCCUGCUCCCCGCGCGCCCCGGGCGCCACCAUGUCGGGUGACAAACUCCUGAGCGAACUUGGCUAUAAGCUGGGUCGCACAAUAGGCGAGGGCAGCUACUCUAAGGUUAAGGUGGCCACUUCCAAGAAGUACAAGGGUACGGUGGCCAUCAAGGUGGUGGACCGGCGGCGAGCGCCCCCGGACUUCGUCAACAAGUUCCUGCCUCGAGAGCUGUCCAUCCUGCGGGGCGUACGGCACCCGCAUAUCGUACACGUCUUCGAAUUCAUCGAGGUGUGCAACGGGAAGCUGUACAUCGUGAUGGAGGCGGCCGCCACCGACCUGCUGCAGGCGGUGCAGCGCAACGGGCGAAUUCCUGGAUCACAGGCGCGCGAGCUCUUCGCGCAGAUCGCGGGCGCUGUACGUUACUUGCACGACCACCAUCUGGUGCAUCGCGACCUCAAGUGCGAAAAUGUGCUGCUGAGCCCUGACGAGCGCCGCGUCAAGCUCACCGAUUUCGGCUUCGGUCGUCAGGCUCAUGGCUAUCCAGACCUUAGCACCACCUACUGCGGCUCGGCAGCCUAUGCGUCACCUGAGGUACUACUGGGCAUUCCCUACGACCCCAAGAAAUAUGACGUGUGGAGCUUGGGCGUCGUGCUCUACGUCAUGGUCACCGGGUGCAUGCCCUUCGACGACUCAGACAUCGCGGGCCUGCCCCGGCGCCAGAAGCGCGGCGUGCUCUAUCCCGAGGGCCUCGAGCUCUCCGAGCGCUGCAAGUCCCUGAUUGCCGAGUUGCUACAAUUCAGCCCAUCAGCCAGGCCCUCAGCGGGCCAGGUAGCGCGCAACAGCUGGCUGCGCGCUGGGGACUCCGGCUAGGAGCCGGGGUUCCCGGGGUUCCCGGUGAACCCUGCACUGAGCCAGCGCGAUGCACGCGCGAGAGGCACGCUUCCGGAAACCCGCGAAGCCGCCGCUUGCGAUUGCACACGUGCUCUACCCUUUUCCUUCCCCUGCGCGGCGUGGGCCGCAAUUGCCCGGGUUUGGAAUCUAGUUCCUCCUCCACAAUCCCGAGAGCUGGAGGGCGCAUAUGCAUCCUCAAGUCCCUGCGAAAAGGCCCCGGGAGGGGCCAGACGAGAGGAGACGGAAGCUUUGCGCCUGCGCGGAAUGAGCGUUGGUUACGCGGCAGAUGGUGGCUUAGUGGAGGAGCUGCCGGCGAGCCGACAUGCGUGGAGGGCGUCCCUCCCCAGCCAGCCGCGGAUGCCAGAUUUUCGGUUAGAACCUGCAAUAAACUCGCUCUUCCUCGCAAAGUG